UCUAGACUACGUUAAUGUUGGAUGGGGUUUGGGUUUUAGGCCAAAACCCUUGUUUCGUUCCACCGUAGCAAACGACGAAGAGGACGUCGAGAUGACAAUGGCCGCCGCCGCGAGAUCUGUUUUCCGGUCUUCAACCGUCCGUGCCGCCACCGUCGCUCCGAGGCUUGCCUCUCAAUCGAAAGCCGCUGGCUCCUCGGUUCACCUUCAAUCGAGAACACCGCUCUCUAGACAAUUCUUCGGGAUCCCCGUUGAAAUGAGCGCGUGCGUGAAAUCAAUGCAGCCUUACCACACUGCCACUGCCUCCGCAUUGAUGACGUCGAUGCUUACAGUCUCCCGCUGUGGUUUUGGUUGGCUUUCUGAAGCCUGCAAUGACGAUCUGUGAUGGGUACACAUGAUCCUUCAAGUUGACAGGGUUUUCUAUUGAUGGUCGGUGUCUGAUUUCUCCUUAGUCAAACAGCUCACGAUGAUGAACUAUGAUGAGUAUGCACAAUCCUUCAAAGUGUCCAUAUUAGAGAUGUUUUUAGGUGGUGGGAAAUCUUAACCCUGUUGAUAAGUUUGAGGUAUCUGUUCUUGCUAUAAUAGUUUGUUUUUAUCUAUAUUGCACUUUGUAUCAUUUCAUUGCUUAGAAUACCUUUACCUCUGAUCAAGUGAGAUUUAGAUGAAGAAACCCAAAGAUAUAUGCUUUUAGAAAAAUCUCAACAGCAUGAUGUUGUAAAAUCUACCUGUGUUUCAGCAAUAAAUUUAUGCAUUUGCUCAUGAGUCAUGCUCAUGUUUUCAGUAGAUCAAUUCAUCAGACAAUCCAUGUUAUGGUAAUGUAUCUAUUUUACGGAUUUUGAAAACAGUUCAUUUAUCAAACAAAUUAUCUGAGAACUUAAAGAUUCAAUGCACAAAUUCUAAGAGAAGGUUUUGCAAUCAGGCUUGAAUUGAACUAUGUAUAGCCCAAGGAAAAAAAAUGAUUCCAGGCAAUAUAUUCUUAUCACAUGGUACAGAGGCACAUGUGUGCUUGCAUGUGUAUGUGUGUUUCGUUACUCAUUCGAUGUAUUAGCAAUUUUCCAAUCAUAUGCAUAAAGACUGACAAUAAUGUUCAGGGAAUGAAGUGAUCCAGCUGAAAAUCUGGAUAUCCUUCCUGUUUCUCAUACUCCUCCAUGGAAUCAAACUCGUACCUCGUUUUCUGCCUGUCUGUAUAGUAAGAACCUACUGCAUUGUUGUUUCUUGAGGCGCCACCUUGGCGGCCACCAUUGUAGUAGUACUUGCUGUUGUCAUUAUCUGUCAACCUAGUGUCGCUCAUCCCUUGUGGUUCACUCCUGUAACCUUGAUAGCCCCAUAAGGCACUGUUGCCGACAUUGCUGAAGCUAUCAGGGUGACCUCCAUUGGAGUAGUAUUCCUUAGGAUCUUCACUCCUCAACUCUUUGUCAUCAUCAGAGAACUCAUCCUCCUUUAUAUUGUUGUCAUCAUCUAUCAAGUAGCUCGUCUUGUAGGUGUUUAAAUCGUCAGUUUCUGGAGGGGUGGCUGGAGCUGCAGCUGGUGCUGAGGUGGGAGCGGCGCUGAUUUGGCUGGUGGUGGGAGCAGGAGCAGGGGCUGGGCUGGGAGGUGUAGGUACACUUUGUUCAUCAAGGUGGAUGUAUUUUGAGAAGAACAUCGUCUUUCUGGCCUCGCUAGAUUGUUGGCAAGCAAACAACACUAUGAGCAAGAGACAUGAGAAUUGAGUGGCAAAUGUGGCCAUUAGGAGAGCAAAUGGAUUGGAGCAAAAGAUUGCUGGUAAGUUUUAAUGUUCUUCACACACACACACACACAUAUAUAUAUAUGCAUGCUGGUGUUAUUAUUUAUUUACAAAUACUGUUUUCUAUUGGUGAAAUCUUUGAUGCUGGAUUUGUCAUUUCUUUAUUUAUUAAAGAAAAAGGAAAAGGGGUUAGUUUUAGAAACAUAGUAGUGAUUGUGAGGCGAAAUAUGAUGCGGGGAUUGAGGGAAUUAGAAAAAGUCAGUGGGAGUGGGACAUGAAAAUUGACAAUAAUGAUUUCGUAGAGCAUACAUUUGUUUAGGCUUCCCAUGUGAGGGUAUUGAAAAUGUUGGGUGUGUUCCUAACUUUACCACACCCCCUCAUGAGUAGUCAUAAAUAUGGUCUGCCCAUGUAUUUGAUCUCUCUCUAUAUAUGUGUAUGGUUUUUACUUUUUAGUUAAA